CUGUUGCGCAUCGAACUGAGUCGUCUGUCGGCAUUCAAGCACGUUGGACAAGUUGAGCUCGAAAUAUAAAUUUGUCAGUUUUUCUGUGCUCAGUCACACAAUCGGAAGUGAUGAAUUAACUGUAACUCAGCUGCACACAACAACAAAUAAUAAUGGCAGCACAACAAAAGUAACAAAAGAUGAAAAGCAAAAGUGCACGAGAAGAAUAUUUGUUAAUUACUUGCAUAAUUAAGCUUUAUAGUGGCAUUUGUAAUUGCUCAGCGCGUGUUAUAGCUUAAAAUAAAUAACAAUAUACAUACAUAUGUAUAUACAUAUGAGAAUAUAAAUAAACAGAAAUUGAAAUUUUUAAAAAAUUAUUUUUUACUGUGUAAAAAUAAAAAUUAAUUACAUUUGAAAUAUUUAAAAAGUAAUAAAAAUAUAUUUUUUCAAAUAUGUGCAUGUGAGUUUGUGUGAGCUAUAGUUGCCAGCGCUUUGUUGUAAACAUAUAAUAGGGAAAUUUUGGAGCUUACAAUUCUACAAUUAACCUAACAAGCGGGUGGCGCAAUGCAAUCGACUGAUUCUGGAGAUGGAGCAAAAAACUUCAAUCAGCACAUCACCAGUCAUUUGGCAUCAUCAUCUGCAGCGGGACCAGCAACAGCAACAACAACAUUAAACGACGCGUCCGCAACCGCACAGCACAACCGAAGCAGCAGCACGGCCCAGCACGACACACCCAGCAGGAAUCCCUUCAAGCAAGCACCGACUCCCCAGUGGAGCAGCGAACAGCAAAGAUUAGCGCAGCAACAGCAGCUACAACAACAACCGAAUGGCAGCAACAAACUUUACAACAACAGCGUACAGCAUGCCAACGAAGCAGGCGCUGGCAUUUUUGGCGUCGGUGGCGCGACAACAGCAACAACAACAACAGCGACGGCACAAGCAACACCGACACCAAACUCCCACACAGAUCCGGCAGCAAUCAAGACACCAGGACGACAUUAUAUGACACCGCAACCACCACCGCCGGAUCAUUGCCGGCAGGAGGAUUACCGCGCCGCCGGCUCGUGGGCCACGUUCAAGAAUUGGAUGAUCGGCUGGCGCGGCUCACGACAACUCGUCUUGAUCAUUGUGGCCAUUGCGUUGUUAUUGGAUAAUAUGUUGUUGACCACUGUUGUUCCUAUUAUACCCGAGUUCCUGUACGACAUACGCCAUCCCGAUGCACCGCUCGACAGCUUUCCACGUACCCCACUCACUACGCACACACCACCGCCGCCUACGCAGUCACCCUGCAACGCGAAUGGCGAACCACUGCCGACGAUGGAGGUAUCAACACUGAGUCCGGAAGAGAAUUACACGAUGUGGCGGGAGAUGGAAGAGCGACACAAUGAACUGGUGGGCGAGACCGUUGAAGUAGGAAUUCUAUUUGCAUCAAAAGCUUUCGUACAAUUGUUAGUCAACCCGAUUGUUGGACCACUGACGCAUAAAAUCGGUUACAGCAUACCCAUGUUUGCCGGCUUCGUAAUCAUGUUUAUAUCGACAAUUAUCUUCGCUUUUGGACGUUCGUAUUUGGUGUUAUUUGUGGCGCGUGCGCUACAAGGUAUCGGAUCUUCAUGCUCGUCCGUUUCCGGUAUGGGUAUGUUAGCCGAUCGCUACACCGACGACAAGGAACGUGGCAAUGCAAUGGGCGUAGCGCUGGGCGGUUUGGCUUUAGGUGUGCUUAUCGGGCCGCCAUUCGGUGGUGUCAUGUACGAGUUCGUUGGCAAAUCCGCACCAUUCUUGAUACUUUCCGCAUUGGCUUUGGGUGAUGGCCUGCUGCAGCUCUUCAUGUUACAACCGUCGAUACAACGUGCCGAAACGGAACCACCAUCACUAAAGGCGCUCAUCAGCGAUCCGUAUAUAUUGAUCGCUGCUGGUUCUAUUACUUUCGCGAAUAUGGGUAUUGCUAUGUUGGAGCCAUCGCUACCGCUGUGGAUGGUUGACAAUAUGGGCGCUACACGUUGGGAGCAAGGUGUUGCCUUUUUGCCAGCCUCCAUCAGUUAUUUAAUUGGCACAAAUCUCUUCGGUCCUUUGGGUCACAAGAUUGGACGUUGGUUUGCCGCCUGUUUGGGCCUGAUUAUCAUUGGCUGUUGCUUGAUAAUGAUACCUAUGGCAACCUCGAUUACACAUCUAAUUCUACCGAAUGCUGGCUUGGGUUUCGCCAUCGGCAUGGUGGACUCAUCUAUGAUGCCCGAACUUGGUUUUCUUGUCGACAUACGUCAUUCGGCCGUCUAUGGCAGUGUUUAUGCAUUGGGUGAUGUUGCCUUCUGUGUCGGUUUUGCCGUGGGUCCAGCGCUGAGCGGCACUCUGGUCAAGACCAUCGGUUUCGAAUGGAUGUUAGUCGGUAUCGCUAUUUUGUGCUUCAUUUACGCUCCACUUCUGACGCUGCUCAAGAAUCCACCGACUAAGGAGGAGAAAAAGUCAUUGAUUACUGGCGAAAGCUCGGCUGUACGUUAUGUCACAUACCAAAAUUAUGACGACGAUGAGUAAGCAACGGUAAGGUAUGCUAAAGUUUGACACAACGACUUGAAAAUAAACGGUAAAUCGAAACACGCAAGUUUUACGGAAAUCUGAAUUGACCAACUGAGUACAUUUUUAAUACAACCAAUAAUAUCAGAAAAAUCAUAUGAAAAAUUAUUGCUUCCCAGAAAACAAAUAACCAAAAAUGCAACAAAAUUCAACUUUUAUAAAAAUUAUUGUAAUUAAUAUGCAUACAUAAUUAUUCCCAGUACAUAUGACUAUGACAAACGGAUCGCAACCCACCUACAUACAUACACAUAACUACAGUUAUUUAAGCAAGUAAAAACUUAACAGUAUUCAUCAUACAUAUGUACAUACACCUUUAUAAACAUAUAUUUGGAAAAAUGCUAAAGUUGCCACAAGGAAGCAAUAAUUGCAAACGAAAAUUGUUUAUUUAAAUUAUUUUUAUUCAAAAAAAAAAUACAUGUUAAUACCACUAAAGCGCUAUUUACAUAUAUGUAUAUAAAUAUGUAUGUAAAGCAACUGGUUGACAAUGCACCACAAAAAUGAACCAAAAAAGAACAAGCAGAGGUUAUGUUUAAAAAUUAAAGCUAUAACACAAAUAUACGUAAUUAUAGCCAUUUGUUGCUUAAGUGGUGGGAUUUAUAUUUAAAUUAAUGAAAUUCGAUAAAUUAAAAUUCAAAAUAAAUAGUUGUUAAAAAAUUAUGAAAAAUACGUAAGUUGAAUUUUAG